AUGCAGGUGGUCGGGCACAAGCAAAGAGUUAAUCCCGUUGUCCCUUUGCUCCUCCUCUUUGAUGUUCUGACAUCAUUAGUCCUGCCCCCUGAAAGAUCUCCUUCCUACCCUCUGAACCCAUCACUUCCACUGUGGAAUGUUUAUGGGAAGCUUCGCGAGCUGCGCCGAGUGUUCACCCGCAGAACAAAGCCAUGCUCUGAAGGAGCUCCUGCUUCAGGGGUCACAGUGGAUGCCACAGGUGCAGCCUCUGGGCUCAGCAGAGCUAUGGCUGUUCAGACUGCCAUCAUGAACCCCCAGUUCAUGAGCUUCUGCUUCCCCGACGCCGUGAUGGAGUACGACAUGGAGAAAAGCCUGGACGGGGGUCUCCUGUGCGAGGCAGAGAACGACGAGGACUUCAGAGAGACCACCAGGGACUUGCUGAGCUUCAUAGACUCGGCCUCCAGCAACAUCAAGCUGGCCCUGGACAAGCCGGUGAAGUCCAAAAGGAAGGUCAACCACCGGAAGUACCUGCAGAAGCAGAUCAAACGGUGCACGGGCAUCAUAGCAAACGGAAAUGCAGCAGAAGCCCCCAUGAAAAAGCAGGGGUCCCCCGUGGCCCAGUCGAGCUCUCUGCAGAGCAAAACCCUUCCCAAGCGGGACGGGGGCCAGGCCAACCUUCAGAGCAAGAGCCUGGCAGCUUUGUUCGACCCUGGGAAGGAUGUAAGGGGCGAGAGGGCAAAGAAGCCCCCCCUGAGGCACCGCAAUCUGCCACCCUCCUUCUUUACAGAGCCUGCUCACUGCUCCAAAGUCAGCUCCACAUCCGGGAUGACCCUGAAGGACUUGGAGAGGGGCAGCCCUGAGGCGGCAGACUUCUUUGAGCUCUUGGGACCUGAUUACAGCAACAUGGUGAGCGAGCAGGACCUCUAUCAGGGCGUGCCUCUGCGGGGGCAGCCAGACGUGGGGGGCAUGGAUCCUGCUUCCUAUGACGCUCACCAUUUAGUUAGUGGUCUCCUUUACUCCGAGCCCUGGACUAGCUGCUCAGGACCCUCUAAGAAGCCAGGAGAGAGUCUGCGGGCAGGUCCAGCCCAGCCCCCGGUCUUCUGUCAGUCUGAGGAUGCUUCCGGGCCCAUGGAGGACAACGGACUGUGCACUUUGGCGUUCUCAAACUUCUUCACAGACUGCUCCGUACCUCAAGUGACCUAUGAUUUAAACUGUGGAUAUAACAAAGUUAAUUAUUCUAGUCUAUGAAAAGCUGACAGGUUGGUCAGAGGGGCACAAACAGUUCUAAUAUAAAAUAUAACUUUGAUUUGGCUUUUUUCUUUUCCUUGUGGAGGUAACAUUGUAACGAGCAGAACAAGUUUCAGGCACAAUUUUUCACAAAACAGCAAAAAAAAAAAAAAAAAAUCUUUAGCUGUAAUUCUGGGUUUACAAUGUCUCUCUGCAGCUCAAAUCAUUUAACUUUUGGUUUAAUGUAAGUUUUGUCAGUAUAGCUCUGAUAAAGUGACGUACUUUCAGUAUUUUCUUGUUUUCCCAAAAGAAGUUGUAGAUCUGUGGUUGUUGGUUUGUUCCUCCUGACGUCACAUUAACAGGAGAGCCGCCAUGACUCUGACAAAACAACAGAUGCACCCCCCUCCACCCCCACC